AUGGCAGCUGCGACUGCAAGGCAGCUGUUGGUCCACAGGAUCACUUCCUCCUGCUCCUCAGGGACGCUUCCCAAGCACAGUUCCAGCAGCCAUGGCCGCUCUGCUUACAGCUCCAUGUGCUUCAACAAGGCCGAGAAGCUCCCCAGUUUCAGAGCGAGGGUGUCCGUGAAGCCGCCGCACGCCGUGCCGGGGAAGGGCGGCAUUGUGCCGGCCGACGACGACGGGGUCAGCCUCGGCACCGUGAAGCUGCCCGCCAACAUCGACGUCGCUCGGUUCGAGGGGUUGCUCUUUCAGUGGGGGAACAGUCUCUGCCAAGGCGCCAUGUUGCCACUGCCAGUGCCUAUCAAGGUGGACAAGGUGGAGGGUGGGAUCAGGCUAGGGUUCAUUGGGAUCGACGACGGCGCGACCUCGCUGCUGGCCUACAUCGACUGCUUGGUGUCUCCGGCGACCGAUGGCUCUGGGUUUGUGUUCCGAGCAAUCAGGAACGGUGCUAUGAAGGACAUGGAGCCGCCUGGGGAGCCCAGGAUCAUGAGGAGCCUCCUCAUGGCGCUUCAGAAGUCCAUUCAGAUUGCGCAAGUUUGA